CGUCUUUCGCUCGUGGCUGAAAGAGUCGUCGCAGCAGAUCAGGAGACUUCGGCUCCGCUCGGAGAAACAGCACGAACUGUAUGGUGGAGAACCGUUUAACAUUUUUACCUUUUUCCUGGGGACCGGCUGUAUGAUUAAGCUACAAUCUUCAAUGAGUAAGCAUAUCCCACAGUUCUGUGGUGUUCUGGGUCACACAUUUAUGGAGUUUCUGAAGGGCAGUGGGGACUACUGCCAGGCUCAGCACGCUGCCUAUGCAGACGAGUGAACAGCCAAACUCGCCAUCGAUCCGACGCACUUGAGCCACAGGAGGGACCCCGGAAAGUUGGCAGGACCGGGACGCCUCCCAGAACCAGCGACAACUCGGCCUGGAUGGGGUAACUUCACCCGCUGCACACUGCCCUCGUCGGCUUCCGCCUGGCCUGAAUCAAGGUGGAACCAGCCUUGUUUUUUUCUUCCUUUUUCUUUUGUUUUAUUCCAACGGAGAGGGUUUUGAGUUAUUUCUCUAAUUGUCCGCCCUUUUUUGGCCGCUAACUCCCUAAAUUUCCCCAUUUUCCUGUCGCAGCCUUCGUUUUUGUUUCGCCUUGCCAACCUCGAAGAAGAUCGGAGGAUUUCUGUUUCUGGGUUUCUAGAAGCUCGUUGGACGUUUUUGUUUGACAUUCCCUCCGAGUUUAACUAAGUGUUUACAUUAGUGUUUUUACUCUGUGGAAGACUUCUGGGGUUUUUUUGGGUUUUUUUUACGUUGUCACAAUGGCUCGUAUGAACAGACCGGCCCCUGUGGAGAUCACCUACAAAAACAUGAGGUUCCUCAUUACCCACAAUCCCACCAACGCCACCCUGAACAAGUUCAUUGAGGAGCUGAAGAAAUAUGGAGUGACCACCGUCGUGAGAGUUUGUGAGGCCACCUAUGAUGCCACCCUGGUGGUGAAAGAGGGAAUCCAAGUUCUGGAUUGGCCGUUUGACGAUGGAGCUCCUCCCUCCAACCAGAUCGUGGAUGAUUGGCUGAACCUGCUGAAGCUGAAGUUCAGGGAGGAGCCCGGCUGCUGCAUCGCUGUCCACUGUGUGGCAGGGCUGGGGAGAGCUCCUGUUCUGGUCGCACUCGCCUUGAUCGAAUGUGGGAUGAAAUAUGAAGAUGCUGUCCAGUUCAUUCGACAGAAGCGUCGAGGAGCGUUCAACAGCAAGCAGCUGUUCUACCUGGAGAAAUAUCGUCCAAAGAUGCGCCUGCGCUUCAAAGAUUCCAACGGCCAUCGCAAUAACUGCUGCAUCCAGUAGAGCCAAACCCUGAGCCACGCCAACCCCCCACAACAGAAGAGUUCGGUUCAACCUCGCUAGCUUAUUACCUGGCAGGCUUGUUUUCUUUAGUCAUUGUGUUGAAGUAUUUUACGUUGGAAAACCAUGUUCGGUGAUUUAACUGUCCCCUUUUCCCGCUCCAGGUUCAAAAUCAAGUGUCAAAAAAACAAAAAAAAAAACAACGAGUUGUGUGAACCCGGAAUCACGGUGUUUUCUCUUCAUGUGCCCGGAAAAAAAUAAUUAAGAAGGGCAGCGCUGAGUCGUGUAUCAUUGUAAGAUGUUGGAUUAAUAGUUUUCUGCAAACGCAUCCCAAAGAUUUUGAUUGGCCAGUACGGUUACGUUGCCUGAGAAUGUGCUAAAAAAAACAACAAAAAAAAAAAACAACAAGAAGACAUUUUUAAUUUCACGUGAGGAAUUAUGUACCCCGUUCAAUUUUAGGGUUCCGUUUCAAGAGUGACUAGAAAGAGGUAUGCCUUCCUUUUAAAUCAGAUGGUUCAUCCAUAAAUGCCUUACAAUCGAAGUGGAACAAAGGCAAUCGAGGCGGGAGUCGACUCCCGCUGGCAUUUGGGAAAGGUGUUUAAUUUUUCUACUCGGAACAAAAAAAAAAAAGAAAAGAAAUCGUUGCCUUUGUCUUGUGCAGGAAGUCUUACACUCACUUAUGCCCUUUCAGUAACUAUUUUUUAAUAUAAAAUGCUUAACUGUUGCAAUAUUUGUCAAUUGAAAGUCUAGGAACUUGUAUUUGUUUCUUUUCUCUAUCAAACCUUCUGUUUACUAAUUAACUGCCAUGUCCAAAAUGUGAUUUUUUUUUUUUUUUUUUGGCUUCAAACUGGAUUUCCAACGUCUGCGAUAUUUUGUAUGCCUUUUUAUUUGAUGUCCGUAACUUAAGACUUGGAUACUUGAUGAUUUUAUGUAUUUGAAAAUGUGUACUGUUAUUAUUAGGUUGGCUAUUUAUACUAUCAAUGGAUGUGUGAUUUAGUACCGUGAGCGACAAAGUUGUACCUGUUCACCAACGUGAGAGUACAUUAAAUGAUACACUGAAAAACAACAAA